CGUGUAUCACCUGGCUGGUACCUCGUUAAAUACCCCCCCCUAGCUGUCAGAUGACCAUAGGUAUCUCGCGGAUGAAGGGUGUCCGGUAUUUCCCGACACGAGUCGAGUGGCUCCGAGAGGGAGCAGAGCCCGACAUAUUCUGAACAUCUUCCAAAUGUUGAGCCCGAGUCGUGAAGUGCUGCUCUUGAGGGGGGCGAGGUUGCAAGGGAGGGAGACGACGAGGGAGAAAUCAGGCGACGUCCGCACAGAUUUUCACCUCUGAAAGCAUCCCGGCAGUCUGCUCCGUGAAUGCACCGCAGCUCCAGCCGGCCACUCAAAGACGCUAAAGAAUCGACUAUCAUGGGGACAUUCAGAGUGAUCGCGCUUAGCCUUCUGGUCACCACGGCUCUUUCUGCCCCCUUAAAAGCUGAUGAGGAAUCUUACACCUUAUUCCAUGGAGAGGAUUUCCACAUCCUACUACCCUCCCAAAAUGUGGAGGUCACGUUUCAUAACAAGUCUGCUCCUCGGUCAAAGGAUGUGCACCUGAUGAGGGAAGGCAAAGUGGUCCACAGUCGGCCUAAACUCGACCGCAGCAACACCCAUCUCCUUAUAGAAGCUGUGGGUGAGGGAGAUGAGGGCGUGUACACCGUGAAGAAUCUGGAGAAGCCAGACGAUGUCAAACGCAUGUCGCUUACAGUCCGAGAUUGCACCGUUGAGCAGAUGGUCAAAUAUGGAGACAAAUUCAGUAUUCAUUUGUCGGGGGUGAAUCCUCCCAUCACCCUUGAAUACAGACCCAGAGCUACAGAGGCCAGGGAGACAUUUAGACCAGGUUUGGUGGUGCUGACUGCUGCAGGGACAUCACCGGAGCGCUAUCAGGGUCGCAUCAGCACCGGCGGUCCUUAUGUCACCCUCAGCGGUGUUACAGAUGCAGAUGAGGGUAGCUACACUGUCAGGGAUAACAAAGGUGGUAUUGAACGGAAAGUCUGUCUCAAUGUCAAAGAGCACAAAGAGUUUGUGAAACUGCAACGCGGUAACAAACUGAAGAUCAACCUGAUACUCAACAGCUCCUUGGUGUACCUCUACUACAGCCCCAAGAGUGACUCCACACUGCGCCUGCUGCUGGACAAAGGAGAAUUUACACCUGCCCAAACAGAGCUGGGUUUCGAGAACCGUCUGUCUCUGGAGGGCUCACUGGUCAUUCUGGAUGACGUCAAUGAUAAAGAUGAAGGCCUGUUCACGAUUAAGGACCUACAGAAUUUCACUGUGUCUACUGUCUUCUUGGAAAUGAAACCCUAUAAGCUGGAGACACUGUAUGUGGCCAUCAUAGCCCUGCUGGGCCUGCUGGCUUUCCUUCUGCUGGUCUGCCUGCUGUCCUGUCUGAUCAAAGUGAAGAAAAGGGCCAAGAGGGCUGCCGCCCUGGAGAAGAUUGCCCAGAACGCUGGAAAAGAGGAGGAAGGAGAGGCCUUCAGACAGGUGGUCAAGAACAUCACCAAAAUGAGCGAGGAAUCCAAGCAUUCCCAGGCUGACAACACGGAGAAGUCACAGAGCACUGAGGUGGAUAUUAAAGGUCUCGAGGUUUCCUCUAAAGAAGUUGGAGUUGGUAAUCUAGAGACCAGUGACUCCGGCGUUGGCUUUAACACUGCUCUCCCCCUGGACACUGACACUGAGGCCCCUGAUCAAAUCCCUGACUCUGAGGCUGUAAGCAUUUCUAUUGCUCCUGAAACCAAACCAAGUCCUCCGCCUGCUGCCGAAUCCAAGCCAAGUGCUCCACCAGCUGUGGAAAUUAAGCCCAGUCCUGUACCUGAAACUAAAGUGACCCCAGCCCCGGAGACCAAGAAAACUCCUGAUAAACCUGUGGAGGAAAAGUUGGAUGUGCCCAAAGGAGCAGCUGUUAAACCUAGUCCAGCCCCUAGCCCAGAACCCAAGGCCGAUAAAAAACCUGCGCCCAGCCCAAGCCCAGAGCCUAAACCAGCUGUUCCCAAAGCCACCACUCCAACACCUGAUAGUAAGAGUGCCCUUACACCCACCCCUGAGCACCCCAAGCCAACCACACCAGAACCAAUUACCAAUGGCACGCCCGAACCUGGACCGGAUUCCAAACUGAGCCCGGAUCACGCCGAUAUUAUCAAAGGCUCAGCUCCAAAAGCAGUCGCUCCUAAAACCCCUGAAGUGGAGCUGAAAGCUAGUGGUGCCAUAUUGGAGGCGGGUAAAGAUGGCACGGUAGCUGAGGAUUCAACUACUACCACCUGAGAAGUGCAAAAACACAAAGGAAGCCCCACAGAUCUUGUCCACCGCUCACCACUACUGUAGACAAUCGAACACCCCUUACCAAAUGAUGAGGAAACCACUGCAGCUGGGGCGAGGACCUCGAUUUAACAUGUCUAAUGCCUGAACACAGUAUUACCUUGAUAAUCUCACUUAUCUGUAACUAACACUUAAACCUUUGAGACUUUCUGGCUCAGAAACACUUCACAUAACAUGGCUUUUGAUUGUUAAACAUUUUAGUUGUACACGCCUCGCAGCCUUGUUUUUCUGUUCAUUUUUAAAGUUAAACUGCCAAACUGCAAGUUCAAUCCUUUGCAGAGUUUACAACUAAAAUGUUUACUCCACAUGAGGUCUUUUUCUAAAGUAUCCUGAAAGGUUUACGACAUUUCAUUGAAACAGCUCACUACAACAGCUUAUUUGACCCUAACUAACCAUCAUUUCUCAUUUCGACGCUUGUUCCUCUAGCAGCACAUGAACAGCACAUGGAUGAAGCCGAUAAAAUCUUUCAGCUGGUGUCAUCUUAAGCCUCCUAAAAUAUGUGAUGGCACCGAUAUCAUCUAAAUGAACUAAAAACCCCAUCAGAUCACACUGCUGGUGAAGUUUUAUACAUAGCUCAAUUUUGGAUUUCAUUCACUUGAGCCAGUCCUCUAGAAACAUCCGCAGUGCAUUAUCACAUUAACCACACACCCACACACACUUAUACUAAAAAUACUAACCACAUUAUUUCUAGUCUUUGAGAUUGAGAUUCACACUCCCAGUGGAAAUUUCAGACGAUUAAAUUGUGUUUUGCGGGCUGAUCCCCCAAGUCCGGAUCAUCCACUUUAUUGUCUUUGAUCUGGAUUUCCCCAUAGCUCCAUAAAAAUCCCAGCACUCUUACAAUUUAAUGGGAAACUCACAACAGCUAAAACUUCCAGCAGCUUAAAGGGACCCCUCCCUGCCUGCAGUAUGAAAUAUAAAAUCAAAGUGUGUGGUAAGUUCACAUAGUUAGAGCAUGAUUCUUUUGCUCUUUUUCUGCCGUUAUCACCACCUUCUUUUUUUCUUUGCCCCUGUUCAUUCUUCUUUUUUUGUUACUACGACCACCAAGGAGGCUAUAUGACUGAUUUGGUUGAUUGAUUAAUUUACAAAAGGUAUUAGUGGAUUCAUGUGACAGUUUUAAAAGAGCUGGGCUUGGUCCGUCUUAGAAGUGAUCAGUUAUUGAAUGUCAUCCAAAUCUGGAUCCAGGGACUUUUGAAAAAACAAAUUCCUCAGCAUUUUUCGUAUUUCACCCCAUAUCGUCACAAAUGAAAACUGCGAGACUAAUUCGGAGAUAAUCAUGCAUUAUGUAGAGGGGAUUUUAGCCUCAGUGGAGGUCUUUCACUUCUCCUUCCUUUCUUUAUCCUCACGCCCCUUUCUUCUUCUCCCUCAUU